AUGGAUUUGGGAAUGGUUACAAAGGAUUCGAGCUGGUGGGUUUUCACUCUUCCGGCAUUUCUUGGCUCUAAAAAUCUUCUCGAUGAAUAUGUACUUCUUGCAAUAGCACUGGCUUCUGUAUUUCUUGCUGUUCUUACAUGGGCUUUCUCCCCUGGGGGCACAGCAUGGAAAAAUGGCAGAAAUCGGCAUGGAGCUGUUCAAAUCCCUGGGCCGAGAGGUUUCCCAGUAGUCGGAAGCCUUUUUAAUCUCAGCCGUGGUUUGGCCCACCGCUCUUUGGCAGCCUUGGCUGUAGCUUGUAAAGCUAAGCAGCUGAUGGCGUUCAGCCUUGGCGGCACCCCGGUUGUGGUGGCUUCUGAUCCUCUUAUUGCUAAAGAGAUUUUAACCUCACCUCACUUUGCUGAUCGACCUAUUAAACAGUCGGCUAAGAGCCUGAUGUUUACCCGAGCCAUUGGGUUUGCUCCUAACGGAACCUACUGGAGGCUCCUCCGUCGCAUCGCCGCCUCCCACCUCUUCGCUCCCCGCCGCAUUGCGGCCCAUGAAACUGGACGUCAAAUGGACUUAGCCACCAUGUUGAGCAACAUAGAAUAUGAACAGACACUCGACGGGAGAGUGUCUUUAAGGAAGCAUUUACAAGCUGCAGCCUUAAAUAACAUUAUGGGGAGCGUUUUCGGGAAACGUUACGACCCGACCGAGGAUGGCGAGGAGCUUAAGGAACUAGAGGACAUGAUUAGAGAAGGGUUUGAGCUUUUAGGUGCUUUCAAUUUUUCAGAUUAUUUGCCAUGGAUUUCGUAUUUCUACGACCCGUUUAGGAUCGUUUCACGAUGUGAAGAACUCGUCCCACGGGUUCGUAAACUAGUGAAGGGAAUCAUCGAAGAGCACAAAGUGAAAAAUCAAAGUGAAAAUCUGUCUUAUAAUGAUGAUUUUGUCGAUGUUUUGCUCAAUUUGGAGGGUGAAGAGAAGCUCAAUGAAGAUGAUAUGAUUGCUGUUUUGUGGGAAAUGAUAUUUAGAGGAACUGAUACAACUGCCUUGUUAACUGAGUGGGUUAUGGCGGAGCUGGUGUUGCACCCGGAGGUUCAGAGGAAGCUGCAGGAUGAACUCGAUGGUGCGGUUGGGGACCGGAACAUUACAGAUGCUGACACGGCGAAGCUUCCUUUCCUACAAGCAGUGAUCAAGGAGACAUUAAGGUUGCACCCGCCGGGACCGCUCCUAUCAUGGGCCCGUCUUUCCACGGCAGAUGUCCAUCUCAGCAAUGGAAUGGUGGUCCCGGCUAACACGACGGCGAUGGUCAACAUGUGGUCAAUUACCCACGACUCCGAAUUUUGGAAGGAUCCAUUGGAGUUUCGUCCUGAAAGGUUUGUCGCGUCCCAAGGUGGCACUGAUUUAGACGUUAGAGGUGGCGAUCUACGGUUGGCUCCUUUUGGGGCUGGCCGCAGGGUUUGCCCUGGCAAGAAUUUGGGACUUGUUACGGUGGCUCUUUGGGUGGCGAAGCUGGUGCUCCACUUCAAUUGGGCGGAGGACAAGGCUAAUUUGGUUGAUCUUAGUGAAGUUUUGAAGCUGUCUUGUGAAAUGAAGUAUCCACUAUCUGCUGUUACCAAGUCAAGGAAGGUUCCAUUUUAG